CCAGCUUCCUGCAUGCCUUUCGCAUGUGACUCUGGGUGAAAAAGGGAAAACAAAGAAGAAUUAAAAAUGAAUUAUAAAAUUCUUUGUGUUUGGUUGGUAAUGAUAGCGGCAAAUGCUCAAGCUAAUGUUAUAUCUACAACAGUCGCACCAGCAAAUUGCACUAACAUAUCACCAUACUGCAUUGUUCCUGAUCAACAUAGAGUAACCUAUUGUCACGAUCCAGACCGUAUUGAUUGGAUGAUUGUAAACUGCGCGCAAUUCUGCAGGUUCUGUACAUGCCACGAUGAAUAUCCCAGAUGCUCAAGAUACCCUCAAACGCAUUGUGAAAAGUAUAAAGAAUGGAUGGGUAUCAACUGCAGACAAUUUUGCAAGAUUUGCACUUAAAGAAAAUGUAUUGCUGGAAAGAUCUACGAUUUGUGAGUUAACUACUGACUUACUACCUUGUUUGAAAAAAUGUAACUUGAUUUUAUAUAACUUAUGUAAAAAAAUAUCUAAAAAAAACA